AUGAACUCCAACGCCCCGGGCUGCCCCAUGGCCUCGCUCUAUGUGGGGGACCUGCAUCCCGAUGUGACUGAGGCGAUGCUCUACGAGAAGUUUAGUUCUGCUGGGCCCAUCCUUUCCAUCCGGGUGUACAGGGAUGUGAUCACACGACGCUCCCUGGGGUACGCUUCCGUGAACUUCGAGCAGCCUGCGGACGCAGAGCGUGCUUUGGACACCAUGAACUUCGACGUCAUCAAGGGCAAGCCUGUCCGCAUCAUGUGGUCUCAGCGUGAUCCGUCGCUACGCAGGAGUGGAGUAGGCAACGUCUUCAUUAAAAAUUUGAACAAGACCAUCGAUAACAAAGCGCUGUACGAUACAUUUUCUGCUUUCGGCAACAUCCUCUCCUGCAAGGUGGUUUGCGAUGAGAACGGCUCCAAGGGCCAUGGGUUUGUACACUUUGAGACGGAGGAGGCGGCAGAGAGAGCCAUCGAGAAAAUGAACGGGAUGCUCCUGAAUGAUCGGAAAGUGUUUGUGGGACGGUUUAAGUCUCGGAAAGAACGAGAGACAGAGCUUGGAGCGAGGGCCAAGGAGUUCACCAAUGUUUACAUCAAGAACUUCGGGGACCUCAUGGAUGAUGAGACCCUGAAUGACCUCUUCGGCAGGUUUGGACAGGUUCUAAGUGUGAAGGUAAUGACCGACGAAGGCGGGAAAUCCAAGGGCUUCGGGUUCGUCAGCUUCGAAAGGCACGAAGACGCCCAGAGAGCCGUGGAGGAGAUGAAUGGAAAGGAGCUCAAUGGAAAACCCAUUUACGUCGGUCGAGCUCAGAAGAAAGGGGACCGGCACAUAGAGCUCAAGCGCAAAUUUGAACAGGUGACACAAGACAGAAGUAUCCGGUACCAGGGCAUUAACCUUUACGUGAAAAAUCUUGAUGACGGUAUCGACGACGAACGCCUCCAGAGAGAAUUCUCCCCGUUUGGAACAAUCACCAGUACAAAGGUUAUGAUGGAGGGGGGUCGGAGCAAAGGGUUCGGUUUUGUGUGUUUCUCCUCCCCGGAGGAGGCCACCAAAGCCGUUUCAGAAAUGAAUGGCAGAAUUGUGGCCACGAAGCCACUGUACGUAGCUUUGGCCCAGCGCAAAGAAGAGCGCCAGGCUCACCUCACCAACCAGUAUAUUCAGAGAAUGGCAAACGUGCAAGCCGUGCCGAACCCCGUGAUCAACCCCUACCAAGCAGCACCUUCGGGGUACCCCGUGGCCGCCGUCCCACAGACUCAGACCUGUGCUCCGUGCUGCCCUACCCAGGUUGCUCAACCAAGGCCAAGUGCUCGCUGGACUGCGCAGGGUGCCAGGCCUCAUCCGUUCCCCAGUGUGCCCGGUGCGAUCCACGCAGCUGCUCCUAGAGUGUCGUUCGCUACUGUGAGACCAAGCCCUUCGCAUGUUCCUCAGGUCGCGUCAGCACAUCGCCUUACUAACACAUCAGCCCAGACAGCGGGUCUACGGCCCGCAGCAGCUCCUUCCGACGCAACUACUCCUGUGCAUUUGGUCCCACAGUAUAAGUACGCUGCAGGAGUCCGGAACUCCCAGCAACAUCUCAAUGCCCCCCUGGCGCAACAGCCUGCUGUUCGGGGACAGAGUCAGGAACCUUGGAGUGCUUCCAUGUUAGUAACUGGUCCCCAAGAGCAAAAGCAAAUGUUAGGGGAAAAGCUGUUCCCUCUCAUUCAAGCCAUGCAUCCGACCCUGGCUGGUAAGAUCACGGGCAUGUUGCUGGAGAUCGAUAACUCGGAACCACUCGGUCUGCUUGAGUCCCCCGAGUCCCUGCGUUCCAAGGCUGACGAAGCUGUGGCUGUACUUCAAGCCCACCAAGCGAAAGAGGCUGCCCAGAAAGCCGUUAGCGGUGCCUCUGGUGUUCCAACUGUUUAA